AUGUCUAAUUACUCUUUCCCCAAGCGUGUGUCCAUAAACCAACGUCAACACCACAAUUCCCUUGGGGGAGAGUUUGGAAGAUGGAAGGGGAUUCAGAAGCGCAGAACCUCGAUGUUACCGCUCAGCCAUCGGCUAUUGCACCAAGCCCGCCGCCUCAGCCAUGAGCUGUGUCUCCUGCUGAGCUUGACUGGCCUAGUCAUCAUCGGACUGCUCUCUCUAUAUAAAUCAUGGAUUUGUUUCCACGUUCCAGUGGGUACUCCCGGCAACUUCACCUUCAUCGACAUCUACACCUCUCUCUUUAUUCCCUGCCCAGAGACUGAAUGCAUACUAGAGCCUGACCAGCCACCCUAUUACCUGAGUUACUCGGUCAUCUUCAUCCUCAUGGUUAGCCUCAUCAGUUUCCUUCUCUCCCUGGCCUUAGCCUACUCCAUUAUCUUCUUCACAAGCUCGGUGCCCAUCUUCGACCUCUCCACCUCCAUUGCCAGCUUCUUUUCAGGCAUAGUAUCUAAUUCCUGCUCAUUUGGCCUGUUGCUGUUCCUGUGCGUCGUAUUCUACCUACUUCAGGCACGGAAUUUCCUGCAGGAGGGAAUGACCUACACCCUGGAAAUAAACUACUACCUGACAUGGGUGGGCAUUUUCCUCUUCAUGAUGACAGGCUUCCUUUGCUUCCUCAACUACCUGAAUUUCUGGUCUAUAAUUACACCUGGGGGGUCCUGGCUUUAA